AUAUGAUGAUAGCGUAGAUUGUAUUUAUUUAGAAUUUUAGCCAUUCGUGAUUUUAAAAAGUAUUUUGUUUUUGUGAAAGGCUUCUCAGCCUUCUGCAACAAAUAGACAAAAAAAUUUUGAAGAACAAGACAUUUUAAAAGCAAAGCAUCUCUUAUAAACUCUAAUUCAAAUGAAAUCCUUUGUCAUUCUUGGCUAUACUGGAAUGACUCCACUAUAUUUCAUUAUAAGUAUGCUGUACAUAAAUAAUGUAACAGCAACAAGUAAAGACACUAUAUCAAAGUCAAUGAGUGACAUAUUAGGAUCCUUACAGAAUUUAGUUGGAACAGUGAAAGACUAUAUUGGUGAUGAACAAGGUUGUGUAUUUCAAUGCCCAAAAGGUCUUAAGCCCUAUGAAAAUAAAAGUCAUGUCAAAUCAUCAAAUGGAUGUGGUUCAUUUGGCUUUAAGCUAGAGUCUCACAUCAGAAUCAAAGAAAUGACCAAGUGCUGUGAUGAACAUGAUUACUGCUAUGACACAUGUAAUAAAUCAAAAGAAAAAUGUGAUGGCAAAUUUAAAAAAUGUUUAGCAGAUAUAUGUAAAAAUAUUAAAGGUCACCUGUCAAAAGAAGCAUAUGAAGGCUGCCACAAUGGUGUUGACAUGAUCUAUGCUGCAACUGUUGCUCUUGGCUGUAAACCAUAUAGAGAUGCACAAGCUAAAGCAUGCAUUUGUUUAAAACGUCAUUCCGAUUUAUAACCUAAGAAAAGGCUUUAAAUUACAUAAUUAUUUGAAAAUAAAAUUUUAAAAAGUAAUCUCAUUUUAAUUUUAAAGUUGAAUUAUUUUGAAAAAAUUAUCAGAAUAUGUGGAGCCAAGUCUGAAAAAAAAUAGAUAUCAACCCUACAUACUAGUCAAAGAUGUUAUAUAUAAGAUAAAAGUAAAUCAUAUUUAGCUAAGAAUAUCGCUUUUUAAAAACAUCUGAAUAUUUUAAAUAAGAAAAACAUUUAAUUUUAUUGUUAUUUGAGUGUGAAAAUUGUGUUGCUUUAAAGUGUAUAUAAGAAUUCCAUGCUAUUUAUUGAGUUAAUGUUUUUACUUUGUUUGAAAAAGAAGAAUCGUUGAAAUGCAAUUGGUUAUUUAUGUGUUUAUUUUUUUAUUCAUUUCUUACAUGGUAUUAUAUUUCGGAAACUUGUCUAAUGAAAACCAACAACAUUGUAAUUCUUUCUUUCUUAAUUAAUUAUUAUUAUUUUUUUCCUAUUAAGUUAAUUACUUCAUUACUAUGUUCAGCUGAUCAUGUAAACCAAAUAUCUGAUUAUAUUUAUACUGCUUUUUCAUUAACCUCUUAUUUGCUUGUCAUUUUCAAACUAAGCUAAUAAUGUGUAAUUCUUUAUUUCUUAAACAACUGUUAGUGUAUUACAUUUUUUUUUUCAAUUAAUCUAAUUACUUCAUUACUAUGUUCAGCUUAUCAUCUUAACCAAAAAUCUGAUUAUAUAAAUACUGCUGUUUUGUUAACCACUUAUGUAAAUGCUUGUGUUAUAUUCGAACUAAGCUAAUAAUGUGUUGUCAUUACUUAAUUGCAUACAUUCCGAGACACAAAAUAGUAAAAUCUAGACUGUAAUAACAAAAUAAAAGUUUGUUUUCAGUCCAAGAAA